UGCAGCGCACUGCAAAAUAUCCUCAUUUUUCCCCAAUUUCCUCCCAUUUAUUUCACUUCUCUUCAGUGCACAGUGCUAGAUUGCCAAGUGAAGUUUCUGAUUUGUGUGCUUCCUGCGGAAAUUAAGGGUGUUCAAUGUGUGAAAGGUGAAAAAAUAUUUCCGAGAAUUUCGCGAGCGGAGAUGAAAAAGUGCGACUGAACGUAAGACAUGCGUUGAAUUCCGAGCGCGAGGCGCGCAAAUUGAAUUGAUUGAUAAAUCCGCAGUUGUGUUUGUGACCGCCUGGAGUUUUGUUUACAACUUUUUUCCACCACAACGCGAGAACCCCAUCAAAUUUGCACGGCUCCCGUGUAUCAAUUAGUGGCAAUUUAUGCGCCUUUUGUGCUCAUGAGUGUCAUUGAAGAUCCUCGAGCGAAGAGUGACACAAUGAGAGAUUAAUCGAGUUUCCCCAGCAACUUUGUGAUACAUCUUCUAAUUGGAUUUCCCGCCAAGGAUGCCAUCGCCGUCAACCACAGCAUCACCCAUGGAGGACUUUCCAGAAUAUCACAGUGUCCGGCAAACGGAUAGCAUGUCCAAUUUAAGCGAUAUGUCCGGCAACACGACAACACAGCAGAGCAAUCGCCCACGGAUGGACGUGGCGUGCGUUAUAGACACACAUCAAUCUGAGAAUCUGCAGCAUCGGAAGUCUGCGCUGGAGGAAAUUAAGCAAGCGUGCUCGCUGGUGAAUGCAAAUUUGCAGUAUAUUCAGUUUGAGAAGCUGGACUUUGGCGAGAUUAACGUGUUGGACACGUUCUACAAUGCUGAUGUCGCUGUUGUGGAUUUGAGCAUUCAAAUACAGCAGAGUGCGCUGUCUUAUCACUUGGGCGUCCGCGAGAGUUUCGGCAUGAAGGAGAAUAUUCUCAUGUACAAUGACACACAGACGGAGUCCACGCUGCGACUGAAGAUUUCCUGCGGAACGUACACCUUCUUGUCGUACAAGCUUCUGGAGGGUGAGGCAGGUAAUUCACCCGGGUCGUGUAUUGUGACGAACCCAACGAGCGGCAAAUUCACGGAAGACGCCCAGGAUCCGAAGCAGUCGCUGGUGCAGAGGGUGAAGAAGCUGCUGCAGGAUGUGGAGAUACAGUCGAAGGCGCACAUGAGGGAGAAAUUCCUCACGGACCUGCGGGUGGCGCGCGAGCAGUAUGCUGGGAAUGGUGAGGAGAUGGCGAAGGUGCUGCACAACAUGCGGAAGCGCCUGGACGACCCGAAUGUGGUGUCUGGCGAGGUGGUGCACAGCUACAUGUGCUCGCUGCGGGACAUUCAGGACUACGAUGCGAUGGUGCAGCUGGUGAACGACCUGAAGACGGUGCCCAACAAGCAGAAGUACAUCACCACGGGGAAUAUGAGCUGUCUGUAUGCCUUUGCGCUGAACCGGCGCAACAAGGAGGGCGACCGCGAGAAGGCGCUGAAGACGUGCGUGAAGGCGCUGGAGAAGAAAGAGAACCACUUCCCGGACAUGCUGUGCCUCUGUGGACGGAUAUACAAGGACAAGUUCGUGGAGUCCAGUCACACGGACAUCGACAGCCUACGGAAUGCCAUCAAGUGGUACAGGAGGAGCUUCGAGGUGCAGCCGAACGAGUACGCGGGCAUCAAUCUGGCCACGCUGCUUGUGAUCGAUGGCAAGGACUUCUCCAACACAGAAGAACUGCAGCACGUCGGCGUGGUGCUCAACAAUUUGAUUGGGAAGAAGGGCAGUCUGCCCUCGCUCACAGAGUACUGGGACGUGGCGACGUUCUUCGAGAUUUCCGUGCUGGCCGAGGACUAUGCCAAGGCAAUCCAGGCAGCUGAGUGCAUGUUCAAGCUGAAGCCGCCCAAUUGGUACUUGAAGUCCACCAUUGGCAAUAUUGCGCUCAUUGAUCGCUUCCGCAAGAAGUCCGAGGACUGCGACUCGAGUCUGGAGCAGCAAAUCUUCCAGUUCUGGAUGGAGUUCUUCAUUGAGGCGACAAAUAUGGAGCCGAACGAGAACAUUCGCUUCCCAAUACUCAUCCUCGAGCCGCAGAAGAUCUACAUGCCGAGCUACUUGAUUGUCAACAUGGGCGCGGAGGAGAAAUCGCUGCAAAUCAUCAAUAUCUGCUUGGCACACUCGAAGGGCACUUGCAAGAAGGUGCACGACUUCCUCUUCACCGCCAAUCAGAUCAAAUCCGUCAGCUUGUACAAGAGAGACGAGCGCUGUGCGUAUUUGUACGUGCACCACAACUCAGAUGACUUCCAGAUUUACUUCCCGUCCGUGCCGAGUCGACAGCGCUUCUAUGACAUGGUGCUGGAAAUGACGGUGGAUCAGGAGGUGUUUGUCGAUCUGUCAUUGGACACCAAUCAGAUCAAGUACGAAUACGACUUGGAUGAUCAGAACAGGAGGAUUCAGCUGGGAAAGGGCACUUAUGGCGUGGUUUAUGCGGCGCGCGACCUCAAUACUCAAGUUCGUAUUGCCAUCAAAGAGGUGCCUGAGAAAUUCUCACACGACGUCCAGCCUCUGCACGAGGAGAUCAAGCUCCACAGUCAGCUGAGGCAUCGGAACAUCGUGCAGUAUUUGGGCUCGGUGUCUGAGGACAACUUCUUCAAGAUAUUCAUGGAGCAGGUGCCCGGCGGCUCACUCUCGGCGCUGCUGCGCUCCAAGUGGGGUCCGCUCAAGGACAACGAGUCCACCAUUGCGUUCUACUCGAAGCAAAUCCUCGAGGGACUGAAGUAUCUGCACGACCAGAAGAUCGUGCACCGUGAUAUUAAGGGCGACAAUGUGCUGGUGAACACGUACAGCGGCGUGGUGAAGAUAUCCGACUUUGGCACGUCGAAGCGCCUGGCGGGAAUCAAUCCCGUGACGGAGACGUUCACGGGGACGCUGCAGUACAUGGCGCCGGAGGUGAUUGACCAGGGCGUGCGUGGCUACGGACCGGCGGCUGAUGUGUGGUCAUUUGGGUGCACAACAGUCGAGAUGGCGACGGGAAAGCCGCCGUUCAUCGAGCUGGGAUCGGCGCAGGCGGCGAUGUUCAAGGUGGGUUUCUACAAGAAACACCCCGAAAUACCCGAAGAACUCUCGUCCAUGGCGAAGAAAUUCAUCCUGCGAUGCUUCGAAGUGGAUGUGUUGAAGCGAGCAACAGCGGCUCAACUUCUGGAGGACCUUUUCCUCUCCGACAAACAUCGCAAGUCUGUUCGUGCGCCGGCAACUAAUGUCAUUGAGCUCUCGAGGAGCGUUUCAGUUCCAGCUGAGCGUCUGAUUUCAAAGAGUGUCUCACCGAAUAGCAGUCAAUCUUGCGCUACGCCUACAACACCUGAACUAGAUAGCUGUUUGUCAUCGACAAAAACAUCACCGUCGAAGACUCCACAUCACAAUCACUUGGCUCCUAUUCAAAUUUCACUGGCGACAACCAGUUUAAGUAGCAUCUCAAGUCCAACAAUUGAACUCGAAACUGAAUCAGACUCAAGUUCUUUCAGCUCAACCAGGCGAUCUUCCGGUGGACUCUUAUCUCCUGAGGUUGAAUUGUCCGGCUCGAGCACGAAGAGUGUCUCUGGAGAGACGAGUGAAAGCGAUGGUUUCUACAUGCUGAAGAAGGAUUCGCAGCGAAGAACGACUCUGUCCAAGGUGUUGAGCAAUGACGAGGAGAAGAUAUGCGAUGUGUGGAUGAACAAGCUUGUGAAAGAGCAUCAAGUUGAAAUUGUGAUUAAUAAGUCUCACCUGGAACUGAUGAUCAGAGCCUUGAGAUCAUAUAUCAUUGAGCAAAACAGGGAAUUCUUGGAGAAUGCCAUCAGUCAGUUGAAGAAGAACCUCGACUUUGACUCAACUGCCAUCGAUCAUCUGCAUUUGGCUCUGUAUUCAUUUCAAGACGCAGUCAUCAGCGUGCUGCGAUCGCACAGCAUUAAGCCUCACUGGAUGUUCGCUCUGGACAAUCUCGUGAAGAGUGCCGUGCAGGCGGGAAUUACAGUGCUGUCGCCGGAAUUGGGCGCCAAUUUGGCUGGUCAGAUUGACACGGGCGACGAUGACGAUGGCGAAGACAUGUCAACGUCCGGCGCCAGCACUGUGAACUCCACGAAGAUGAAGUCUUCCAAGAUGUCGCAGGAGAAGAAGUACAUCUCAGACGAGUACAGUCAGCUCAAGGCGGAGAAUGUGCGCCUCAUGCAGGAGCUCAUUGAAUCUCAGAGGACAUAUCAGACCUUCCUCAAGGGCGCCGUUGAGGAGCACCACGUGAAUCUGGAGGUGAUGCGGAACUUCCUCACGCAAGUCAGCACGACGGCGAACGUGAUGGAGAGGAGCAUUUCGCAGGGCUACUCGAGUGACUUGAGCGAGAAUGGGCGCCAAGCGAAGCUAAGCGCUGAUGACGAUGUGGACGGCAGGAGACUCACUCUGGGCAGGAAUUGCUCACACGGCAAGAGUGACUUCGGCCGAUCGAUCAGUAUGACGUCCAGUCGACGGAUAAAUUUCGCUCCUUCGCCUGUGGAUGUCGUGAAGAUGGACAGCAAACUCAAUGAGUGGCUGCUGAAGUACAGCAUUGACACACAAGCGAGAAAUGUGAUUCACGCAGAGGAGUUCUCGUACGAGGACUUUGUCUAUGGCCUGCAGAAGGAUGAUCUUCGACGCAUAGGAUUGAGAAUUGGAACGGAAGUGAGGAUUUGGAAUGCGCUGAAGAAUCACAGAGCGACGCAUCAGAGUGUCUCAGAAGAGGCGACAAAUCGCACCGAAAGCUCAAAUGCAGAUGGAUUGUUGGUGGCGAAAUCCAGCUCAAAUUCAAACUGCAACAGUUUUGACUCCAACAGCACGUCUUCGGAGAACGUCGAUUACGAUUCUUGCAAUGGUUUCGACGAGAAGAAUGAUUUUUAA